GAUGGCGUUGGGGCAGAUGUGCCUGGAGCCAUAUAUUGAAGGAAGGAAGGGAUGGUGAAAGGGCCACUGAGAAAGGUCUACAACCAGAAAGAGAGAGAGAGAGAGAGAAAGAGAGUGAGGAGGAAGGAAGGAAAGAAGGAAGGUUGGGUGGACGCAUUCGUUCUUUUCGAAGCGAACUCUCGUUAGGAUUUGUUGGAUAGAAUUUCGUGGCUGAUUGUCUGGGAAGAUCUUGUUUUCAACUAACGAAUAAAGUGCUGCAGCAACGAGAAAAUCGGAAAUGGGUGAUAUAAAAUCCUUUUUUCACCAAUGGUGCGCAAAGAACGGUAAAGAACCGCAGUUCGACGUUCGUCCAACAGGACCGAAGCAUAGACAGCGCUUUCUUUGCGAGCUGCGAAUACCCGGAUUUGACUAUGUCGGCGCAGGCAAUUCUACUAAUAAAAAAGACGCACAAGGCAACGCUGCCAAAGAUUACGUUAAUUACUUAGUUCGUACGGGUCGUGUGAACUCGAACGAUGUACCAAGAGAAAAUCCAACGGUGCAAGCUGCAUCAUCAAAUGAUGGCAAUACGAAUGAUCCAAUCUCAAUGCCAGUAAAAUCAGUCUACCAAGGAGGCAUGGGACCAAAUGACAUUGGUCAAGCUUACAGACCUUAUAAUGAACAUGGUCAGAGUAACUACACAUACAUGGACAGAUUGGCGGACCAGAAGAAGGUGGAAGAUGCAGAGGAUGUUGAUGUGAAUUCUGGCAUACAUGGCAAUUGGACAAUUGAGAAUGCAAAAUCCAAACUCCACCAGUUUAUGCAAACUAACAAAAUUAACACAGAUUACAAGUAUACUCCGGUUGGUCCAGAUCACACGAGGAGUUUUAUGGCAGAAAUGUCGAUUUAUGUUGCCCAACUUGGACGAAGUAUCACUGGUCGUGAAACAGGAUCAAAUAAGCAAACAGCUUCAAAAAGUUGUGCUUUGUCUAUUGUUCGUCAAUUAUACCACUUAGGUGUCAUUGAAGCAUUUAGCGGUACAUUAAAGAAGAAUAAAGAUACUGAAUUACUGAAACCUUAUCCUGUUAAAAUAUCACCAGAUCUAGAAAAUCAAAUCCAUGAAUUACUAACAAAGUUGGAGAUAGAACCAAUUAAUAUUAUCAAGCAUUCACCAAAAAUGGAACGUAAUCACUCAAGUAUUGGUGGUAUAUCUUUGUUGACAAAUCAAGUCUUGGAUGAUUUUAAAUCAUCUGUGCCACAACCUGCUGGUGUUGUAAGCUGGUCACCACCUCAGCCAAAUUGGAAUCCAUGGACGGGAUGUAAUAUCGACGAAGGACCUUUGGCAACGACGUCUUUAGAUAAAUUAUCGGAAGAUCUGAUGAAUGAACAACGGGUCAAGUUGCAAGAUGAUUCCAACUUGCAGGCGAGAAUCAAAGCUAGAUCGAGCUUGCCUGUUUUCUUCAAGAAAAGCGAAAUUAUGACCGCUAUUAAUGAAAAUCCGAUUGUCAUUAUACGCGGUAACACGGGUUGCGGCAAAACUACGCAAGUUUGCCAGUUUAUUCUAGACGAUUACAUCGCGUCCAGCCAAGGCGCAUAUUGCAGUAUAGUUGUCACCCAACCCAGACGAAUCUCGGCGGUGUCCGUAGCCGACAGAGUCGCUGCAGAGAGAUGCGAGAGUUUGGCACAAUCGGUUGGAUAUUCUGUGAGAUUUGAAUCCUGUUUGCCGAGACCUUACGCCAGUAUAAUGUUUUGUACCGUAGGAGUACUCUUGCGAAAGUUGGAAGGUGGUCUUCGAGGCGUGUCGCACGUUAUCGUAGAUGAGAUUCAUGAGAGGGAUGUCAAUUCUGAUUUUAUCAUGGUAGUACUUAGAGAUAUGAUACACAUGUAUCCCGAUCUCAGACUUAUUCUUAUGUCGGCUACGAUCGAUACCACGCUGUUCAGCGACUACUUCAACAAUUGUCCUGUGAUAGAGAUACCUGGUAGAGCGUAUCCCGUGCAACAAUUUUUCUUAGAGGAUUGUAUACAAUUGACGAAGUUCGUCCCACCGAUGAUUUCGGGCAAACGUAAGUCAAAGGAUACAGACGAUUUACCGUUGGACACAGAACCAGACGAAAAUUUGAACAAAGUCAUUGAUGACAAAUAUACGUUCCAAACGAAAAAUGCUAUGGCGCAGUUAACGGAGAAGGAGAUAAGCUUCGAACUAAUAGAGACGUUGUUGAAAUACAUAAAGACACAAGAUAUUCCAGGCGCCGUGCUGAUCUUCCUUCCCGGCUGGAAUUUGAUAUUCGCGCUAAUGAAGCAUCUUCAGCAGCACCCUGUCUUCGGUGGAUCGUCCUAUUUCGUCAUUCCGCUGCACUCGCAAUUACCUAGGGAAGAUCAACGUAAAGUCUUUGAUCCUGUACCGUCUACCGUAACGAAGAUCAUCUUGUCUACAAAUAUCGCAGAAACUUCAAUUACGAUCGAUGAUAUUGUUUACGUCAUAGACUCUUGUAAAGCCAAAAUGAAGCUAUUCACGUCUCACAACAAUAUGACCAAUUACGCGACUGUUUGGGCCAGUAAGACGAAUUUGGAACAACGCAAGGGUAGAGCGGGCCGUGUUAAACCCGGUUUUUGCUUUCAUUUAUGCUCAAGAGCCAGAUUCAAUAAGAUGGACGAACAUAUGACACCAGAAAUGUUCAGGACACCUUUGCACGAACUAGCCUUGAGUAUUAAACUGUUGAGAUUAGGCAAUAUCGGGCAAUUCUUGUCGAAGGCAAUCGAGCCACCUCCUAUCGACGCAGUGAUCGAGGCGGAAGUUAUGUUAAGAGAAAUGAAGUGCUUAGACAAUAACGACGAAUUAACCCCUCUUGGUAAGAUUCUGGCACGCUUACCGAUAGAACCGCGUCUGGGGAAGAUGAUGAUCUUGGGAUGUAUGUUUCGCGUUGGUGAUGCGCUCUCGACUAUGGCUGCCAACAGCACCACCUUUCCCGAAGUAUACAACAUGGGUCCCGACGUGAGGAGAUUAACUAUGCAGCAAAAAUGGUUUGCUGGCGCGAGAUACAGCGACCACGUCGCGAUGCUGCACGCUUUUCGGGCGUGGGAGGAAGCGAGAACUGGCGGCGAUUACGCGGAACAAAUGUUCUGCGAAACGAAGAAUUUGAGCUUGCCUACUUUACGUAUAACGUGGGAAGCUAAGAAUCAAUUACAAGCGUUGCUGCAAAGCGCUGGUUUUCCCGAAGAAACUCUAUGUCCAACACCGUUAAAUUAUCAAGCUGGCUCGGAUGCCCGUCUUGACACAAUUACCGCAUUAUUGUGCAUGGGUCUCUAUCCCAACGUGUGUUAUCAUAAGGAGAAACGGAAGGUUCUUACCACGGAAUCGAAAGCCGCGUUGAUUCACAAGACGUCGGUGAACUGCAGCAACUAUGAACAGAACUUUCCGUUUCCGUUUUUCGUGUUCGGGGAAAAAAUUCGUACUAGAGCCGUGUCUUGUAAGCAAAUGACCAUGGUGUCGCCUAUACAUCUAUUAUUAUUCGGCUCCCGAAAGGUGGAAUACAUAGACGGUGUGAUAAGAUUGGACAACUGGAUCAAUUUGGAUAUGAAUCCGGAACACGCUGCAGCGAUUGUCGCUCUACGACCUGCUUUAGAAAGUCUUGUCGUAAGGGCAUCUAAGGAUCCUGAAACAAUUCUAGAGUUGAGCCCUAUCGAAGAGAAAGUGCUGGACGUGAUCAAGUCUUUAUGUGGUAUGAACGCUUGCCGUUAUGAAUUGGAACAGAUAACUGGUGGCGGUUUUCAAUCACGUCGCCCACCGCGACUUGAUUUUCAACCUUCCAACUAUAACAACCCUCCAAAAUUAAUGCGCGGAGAUAACUACCGCAAUUCAUUCAGUAGCAAUAAUCAUGGGAACUAUAGCGGAUACAGAGGAGGCUAUAACAACUAUAACAACAGGGGAUAUGGAAUGAGUGGAGGGCGCGGUCGAGGAGGAUACCGAGGCAAUAGUGAUGGAUUUCGCGGGCGUUACUAAUUUAUUAUUAAAUCUAUCUAGCAGGAAGAAUGAGCUAAUAGGAGCCUUAUCGCAGUUUACUGCGGCAGGAUUUUUAUUAGCCAUUCCUUUCUGCUUCUGUAUUCUUUCUUAAGACAAAGAUAAUCUUACUUCACCAUAAAUAAUUUAUAGCUGUCAUUGCUAGAGUAAAGUUAGAUUUUUAGGUAAAUUAGGUAAUCAUGUAAUGUGGAAUAUAACUAUUUAUAUGAUGUGUGAUUACAAUUUGUUUUAUUUUCUA